GCUGGUGGUGGUGGUCCACAUGGACUGGAUCUGGAGCUGGAGCAAUGCUGCGUUGACAGCGGCCAUUGGGUCAUCGUCAUCGUCAUCGUCGUCGUCAUCCGUUGAGAAAUCCGGCGGACAAAUUGCCCCACGAGGCGCACCUGUCUAGUUCGAAUCCACCGCAUCCGGCUAUUCCGUCCUCCAGGCGGUCAUCAUGUCCAGCAGUCACUCCGGCACAAUGGGCCGUAAACGGGCGGGCAGCGGCAGUGCUGCCGGCAGCGAGUAUUACUACGCUUCCGGCGGAUUGGCAGGACUCGCAGGACUUCCAGGAUCGGGCAAUGGGGGCGUUGGCAUUGGCGGGGGGGAGCAAUUGCGACGACAGCGAUCCGCCGAGUGGCACAGUCACGGCCGUCACAGUCACGGUCACGGCCACGGCCUGGGUCACGGCCUCGGUCACGGCCUCAGUCACGGAAUGGGUCACGGCUAUGGGAGCAGCAGCGAGGACGAGUACCAGAACACCGGACAGGCCACGGCCUUCGACACCCAGCUGCUCGCCCAGCUGCUGCUGCAGAGUCAGCAAUUGGCAAGCAUGGAGCACUAUAAUUCGGACUGCGAGCCGGAUUACCUGAGACAACGGGAUCGCCACCUGGAGGACACCCUGGGCGAUGCCCCGCCCACGGUGACGGCCGCCCCCGAGGUGACCUACGCGCAGCCGCACCAGCAGCGCUCCUCGCUGGGGUCACCACUGAAGGUGUCCACCGUUUCGGCGGGAAAAUACCAAUCGAACGCGAAUCUGGGCCUAUUCCCCAACAGCAGCAGCAGCGGCGGCAGCAGCGUUCAAAAUGGAGCCACAGCCAACACGCCGCGCAGCACAAAUCCCUUUCUGAGCGCCAAGUUUUCCGGCGAGGAAAACGCCCUGGAAAACAUCCUGAAAACCUCGGCCUCCUCCUCGACGGCGGCCUCAAGUAAUCGCAGCCACCGCAACCGCAGUGCGGUGAAUCGCUUGAGCGGAAUGACCAGUUCCAGCAGCGAUUCCCAGACCCACCAGCAACUCCAAAUCGCCCAGCAGCAACAGCAGCAGCAGCAACAGAUUGCCGCGGUGAAGCAGCAACUGCUGCCGCCGGAGGACAGCGGCGACGAUGAGUUCGUCCUGGGAUCCUUGGACAUGGGCCACUGCAGCAGCGGCGGGGAGUCCGAGGAACCGCCGCCGGAACCGGCACCCCCGGAAAUCCCGCCUCGCACCCAGUCGCUCCUCAUGUCCCUACGCAAGCACUCCGACUACAAGCUCAAGUACGAGGAGAAGGGCGACCAGAAGCACGAGGAGUUCAUCCCCACCAGCCAGCUGCAGAAGGAUUAUAUUCUCAGCGAUAACCUCCGCACAGAUCAGCAGCUAAAGCCUCUGUCACCAGGCGACUCAAAUGGACUGGGCGGCCACCCACAACAGAUGCCGCAGAGUAUGUCAACUGGCAGCAACACAAUCGGCCACGGAGGCAUCGAUCGCGGCGGCGUUGGACUGCCGAUGGGCGCCGGUACGAUGCCCGGUGGCGUGGGCGGCGGACCGGUGGGCGUGGCUGGCGGACAGCAGGUGGGCGUCGGACCGCCCGGGAGCGGUAACGGUGGCAAUUGCCAGAUAAGCGGCUCACAGCCACUGGUCAUGCCCGGAUUCCCGUUGCGUAAUUCCCACUCAGCGCAUGCACCGCAUUAUUCGCCAUAUUCGCCAUCCAGGUUUCACAUAGAUAAACGCUGUCAGCACCGAUGUUCCUGGAAAUGCUUGAGCAUCGCCUUAAUAUUCGUAUCCGUCGUCCUAACCGCCAUGUUGGCAUACUUUGCAGCAGUCAGCUCGAUGAAGCCGAACAUGGACAGCACCAACUGCAUCCUAGUCCAGGACGUCAAGUCGCAGCCCCACGAUCUGCGCGGCGGAUUGGGCGGCAAGUCGAACGAGAAGGGCGUGGCCACGGCCUUUCCCACGGAGGAAUCGAUCCAGACCAGCACCUCGGACCACGGGCCGAAUGGAAUCCAUGGACUGCUGAAUCCGUCGGCGGGCGGCGCAAACGGAGGCAGUAACUCGGGCAUCCAGCAGCAGCUACUACUGCAGCAACAGCAGCCGCACUCGAUCAACCAACCGCUGACCCCGCUGGAUGCCACCAAUACGCAGCUGCAGGAUCACCACCAGUUGACCUACGGCGGUGCAAUGGUGGGCAGUGGAUCGAAUGGGGGUCUGAAUGGCGGACUGGGUGGCCAGUUGAUGCAGCAGCCGGGCGGUAAUCUCAAUGGCCAUCACCAUCAGGCACUGCAGCCCCAACUGGGCGGUGUGGUAGAGCUCAAGGAGUUCAACGAGGCCUAUCACGCCACCAUACCCGCCUAUCAGUUCUGGACCCUGGAAUUCCGCAACAAGCAUCCCGCAUUCAUCCGAUUCAAUUUCACCCUGCCGUGGGGCGCCCACUUUGCGGUCUAUUCGCGUCGCAAUGUGGCGCCAUCGGUGACGCAGCACGACUUCGUGGAGUUCAUCAAGGGCGGUCGUCUGGACAGUCACCUGAGGCAUCGGCGCAGCUCCAAUGGCACAUCCCCUUCUGGCCAGGAUGUGGAGCUGUAUCGGCAGGAGCAGCGGGAACAGAGUGCGGAAUCGGCCCAGGAUCAGGACUCCGAACAGGACGAGAGCCGGAGCUUCGACUCGAGCGAGUCGUACGAUGUGGAGACGCCCCUGGAUACGGCCAAGCAGCAUCUGCAGCGGAUUGGACAGCCCCAGGGCCACUGGCUCAACAAACGAUCCGCUGGCGACGGCCUGCCCGCUCUGGACGUGGACGCCAUGACGGUGAAUGUGUCCCUGCUGCAGUAUCUGGACACUGGCCUGUGGUUCAUAUCGGUCUACAAUGACGAGCUGGUGGCCCACUCCGUCUCCCUGCUCGCCGAGGAAGCCGAGGGCGUCAGCACCACCUGUCCCAACGAUUGCUCCGGGCGCGGAAGCUGCUAUCUCGGCAAGUGCGACUGCAUCGAUGGCUACCAGGGCGUGGAUUGCUCCAAGAGCGUCUGUCCGGUCCUGUGCUCGGCACAUGGACACUACGGCGGAGGGGUCUGCCACUGCGAGGAGGGCUGGAAGGGCGCCGAGUGCGACAUUCCGGUGGGCGAGUGCGAGGUGCCCAACUGCUCCAGCCACGGACGCUGCAUCGAGGGCGAGUGCCACUGCGAGCGCGGCUGGAAAGGACCCUACUGCGAUCAACACGACUGCCUGGAUCCCCUAUGUUCCGGACACGGCACCUGUGUCGCCGGGCAAUGCUACUGCAAGGCCGGUUGGCAGGGCGAGGAUUGCGGCACGAUCGACCAGCAGGUGUACCAGUGUCUGCCCGGAUGCUCCGAGCACGGAACCUACGACCUGGAGACGGGACAAUGUGUGUGCGAACGCCACUGGACGGGACCGGAUUGCUCCCAAGCUGUCUGUAGUUUGGAUUGUGGCCGGAAUGGAGUGUGUGAGUCCGGUAAAUGCCGCUGCAAUUCCGGAUGGACUGGCAACCUCUGCGACCAACUGCCCUGCGAUUCCCGCUGCUCUGAACAUGGCCAAUGCAAAAAUGGCACCUGCGUCUGCUCCCAAGGAUGGAAUGGUCGUCACUGCACGCUGCCUGGCUGCGAAAAUGGAUGCUCUCGACAUGGACAAUGUACCCUGGAAAAUGGCGAGUACCGUUGCGAUUGCAUUGAGGGAUGGGCAGGAAGUGAUUGUUCCAUCGCACUGGAACUGAAUUGCAAGGAUAAUAUCGACAAUGAUGGCGACGGCAUGACCGACUGUUCGGACAGCGAGUGCUGCUCACAUCCCGCCUGCUCGGAGCACAUAAUGUGCCUGUCGUCCAACGAUCCCGUGGAAGUCUUGCUCCGGAAACAACCGCCCUCGGUCACGGCCUCCUUCUACCAGAGGGUCAAGUUCCUGAUCGAGGAGAACUCGGUGCAGUCGUACGCCCACAUGGACGAGUACAGCGAGAAUCUCUUCUGGAGCUCGUUCACACCUUGUCGCGUAUCGGUGAUGCGGGGACAAGUGAUCACACCCCAAGGACUGGGCAUCGUCGGCAUCCGGGUUUCCGUGGACCGUGACUCCCGAUUUGGGUUCACCCUAACACGUCAAGGAGGAUGGUUCGAUGUGCUGGUGAAUGGCGGCGGGGCGGUGACCUUGCAGUUCCAGCGCUCCCCCUUCCGACCUUUGACCCGCACCGUCUUUGUGCCCUGGAACCGGAUCGUGGUGCUCCCGCCCGUGCAAAUGCAGCUGAGCGACGACGACGAGACGACCAGCAGGAAUAUCAAGGUGGCUCCGCUGAAUCCCGCCCUGACGUUCCUGAACUCGAUCCACUACCACACGGCCGACGAGGCCAACGACGCCAGCAAGGUGUGCAUGGACCACGAUCACGAGAAGCUGCGACCCCAGCUGAUCAGCACCUGGAUGCCAAACGGAGUGGGCGCCAUGCCUGGCAAGCGGGUCAUCUUCGCUGAAACUCAGAUCGUCCAAGAAUCCAUCCAGAUCCCGGGCUCGGAUCUCCACCUGACCUACCAAUCCUCCCAGGCGAGUGGAUACCUGAGCAUCGUGCGCAUGCGCCUCACCGGCGAGACGAUUCCGCCCACUCUGACCCACGUGCAUGUGGGCGUGGAAAUCGAGGGCGCCCUGCAUGUGAAGACCUACGAGGCGGAUCCCAGUUUGGUGCACACCUUCGCGUGGAACAAACGCAAUGUGUACCGCCAGAAGGUUUACGGAGUGACUGUGGCCCGGAUUUCGGUGGGCUACCAGCAUAGCACCUGCCAAUCGCCCGUUUGGAUUGCCCAGACGGCCAAGCUGCAGGGCUACGAUGUGGAUAUAUCCGAUAUCGGGGGAUGGGGCUUGGACAUCCAUCACCACUACAACUUCCACGAGGGCAUACUGCAGAAGGGCGACGGCAGCACGCUGCACAUGAAGGAGUACCCGCGAACGGUCAAGGUGGUGAUGGGCACUGGCCUGCAGCGACCUCUGACCUGUCCGGACUACUGCAAUGGUGUGGCCAAGGACGCCAAGCUCCUCACCCCGAUCGCCCUGGCCACCGGACCCGAUGGCAGUCUCUACGUGGGCGACUUCAAUCUGGUGCGACGCAUCACGCCCGACGGCAAGGUGUUCACCAUUCUGCAACUGAGUGCCACGCAGGUGUCGUAUCAGUACUACCUGGCCGUUUCGCCGGCCGAUGGACAUCUGUACAUCUCCGAUCCGGAGAGACACCAGAUCCUGCGACUGCUGCGACUGGAGAAGGUGAAGGACCCGAGCAUCAACAGUGAUCCCGUGGUGGGCAGCGGUCAGCGCUGCAUUCCCGGCGACGAGGGCAACUGCGGCGAUGGUGGACCAGCGCUGCUGGCUCGACUUUCGCAUCCCAAGGGUCUGGCCAUUGCAGCCGAUCGCACCAUGUACAUUGCGGACGGCACCAACAUCCGAGCCGUGGACCCCAAGGGCGUGAUCCACACCCUGAUCGGACACCAUGGACACCACAACCACUGGAGUCCGGCUCCGUGCAGCGGCACCCUGAUGGCCAAUCAGGCGCAGUUGCAGUGGCCCACCGGCUUGGCCCUCAGUCCCUUGGACGGCUCGCUGCACUUCAUCGACGACCGUCUGGUGCUGCGACUCACCUCGGACAUGAAGAUCCGCGUGGUGGCCGGCACACCGCUGCACUGCAGCAAUGGCGGGCAGGACGGCAGGGUCAACAAGACGGGAACGGACAAUGUUCUGGGCACCGUUCUGGCCAUGGCCUUCUCGCCCUUCGGCAAUCUCUACAUUGCGGACAGCGAUUCGAGGCGGGUCAAUUCCAUACGCGUGGUGGACACGGCCGGAAAUAUGCGUUACUUUGCCGGAAAACAGGAGGGCACGGGAUCCCAGACGUGUGACUGUGCGAUUGGGGGCGGCGGCAAUGGCAGCGCUGCCUCGGCGGGAGUGGGCGGGGCCAGCGGCGGCGCCUACUCGACGACCGUUAACCCCACGCGGCCGAAUGGCGGCACCACGCCCACCACCCCGUCGGGCGGAAACGGAAGCGGAAAUGGCAACGGCUCGUCGACGACCUCGGGCGGCGGUGGCUCCUCCGGCGGUGGCGGUGGUGCGAACGGCGGCGGCGCCUGCAUCUGUGCCGGCGGCAUCGCCCUCUCCACCGGAUCUGGAUCGAACUCCGGCUCCGGAAACGGGGGCGGCGGCGGCGGCGGGGGCACCCUGGCCAGCAUCGUGGGCGGCGGCGGACUGAUGUCCACCGGACCCACCACCACCACCACCGUGCUGCUGGGCGCCAAGACCACGGCGGCGGGCAUCGGCGGUGGAGCGGCCACCUUGAACGACGACGGAACGCUCAGCAAUGCGGAGACGCUGCUCUCCUCGAACGCCCGAUUCCAGGCCAUUUCCGCCAUCGCGGUGGCCCAGGACGGCGUAAUCAAUGUGGCGGAUCAAGGAUCUCUGCACGUUUUGGCCUUGGAGCACUAUCUGCCCUCGCACGACGAGAACGGGGAGUUCCACAUCCCCUUCCCGCCCUCCAGCGAGAUCUACGUGUUCAACCGAUACGGGCAGCACGUGGCCACCAAGGACCUGACCUCGGGAAAGACCCGCUACAGCUUCCUCUACUCGAAGAACACCAGCUUCGGCCGCCUGUCCACGGUGACAGAUGCCUCCGGCAACAAGAUCCAGUUCCUGCGGGACUACAGCAAUGUGGUGAGCUCGAUCGAGAACACACAGGACCACAAGUCGGAGAUCCAGAUCAACGGCAUCGGCAUAAUGACCAAGCUGAGCGAGAAGGGUCGCCAGGAGAUCGAGCUGGACUACGAUAGCAACACGGGGCUGCUGAACUCACGCUCCUCGGGCGGUGAGACCUACAUCUACCAGUACGACGAGUUUGGCCGGGUGACCGGCAUGAUCCUGCCCAGCGGCGAGAUCGUUCGCAUCACCUCCCAGCUGGCGGAUAGCCAGGGACUGACUGUGUAUGUGCACGCCUCCGUGGAGUCGCUGUUCUCGCGGGAGCGAAUUGCCGGCGAGGCUAACGAGCUGCUGGUGCUGGGCGGAGUGCGAUCCACGUUCCUGAAGCGCGGACAAGCCCAUGCGGACGCGGAACUGAAGGCGAACAACACCCUGGUGAUCCACGGCGACAACGGGGUGGUGGUGGAGGCCUCGGCCGUGGCCAGACAUCCCCUGCUGGAGGCCGCCCUGCCCGUGGAGGCGGAAAUGCUGGCCAUGUGGUCGCACCAGAGCGUCACCAUGGGCGAGGGACUGACCAACUCGAUGUACUCGGUGUAUAGCCUGGUCGGCGAUGUAAGGAAUCCCCAGCAGACGCUCAACCGCGAGAUCUGGGUGAACCAGUCGCGGGUGAUUGGCGUGGAGUUCGAUCAGUUCACCAACCGGGAGACCUUCUACGACGCCCGACGCACCCCCAUCCUGAUUGUGGCCUACGACCAGUCGGGCCUGCCCAAGUCCUACUAUCCCACGAACGGCUAUCCGGUGAACAUCACCUACGACCGGUUCAACCGCGUGGAGGGCUGGGCCUGGGGACCCGCCGAGCUGAAGUACAGCUACGACCGCCACGGCCUGCUCUCGGAGAUCACCUCGCAGCAGGACGGGAUUGUGUCCUUCGUGUACAACGACUGGAAUCUGGUCUCCGAGAUCGGCUUGGCCAGCCAGCGGAAGUUCGUGCUGCAAUACGACGAUGCCGGCGGUCUGAGGCACGUCGUCCUGCCCUCGGGCACGCGGCACAGCUUCAGCAUGCAGACCUCCAUCGGGUUCAUCCGAUGCACCUACACGCCGCCGGGCAGCACGCGGGCCUACCUGCAGCAUUACAGUCACGCGGGCGCUCUGCUCCAGACCAUUCUGCCCGGCGAUGGAGCCCGCAUCGUGUAUCGCUACAAUGCGGCCGGCCAGCUGACCGAGGUGGUGCACGGCGACGGGCGCAGUGAGUUCCAGUACAACGAGGCCACCGGCAUGCCCAGCACGGUCUCGCACACGGAACGGGAGCUGGAGUACCGCUGGGACUUCGAGUACGCCGCCGGGCUGCUGGCCGAGGAGCGGAUCGACUAUGUGGCCAAGACGGGCCUGAGCAACGCCAAGUUUAGCUACGAGUACGACUCCCAGCUGCGGGUGGUGGCGCUGCAGGGCCGGAUCGGUGGCCAGAGUCUGCCGUCGCAGGCCUUCGCCUACGACCAGCGGACGGGGCGACCCAGCCUGAUCGGGCAGUUCCGGUUCUCUCAGCCUGCCCAGAAUCAGACCCAGCUGCACGACGGCACCGCCAGCUUCACGAGGACCGUGGACGGGCGCUUCCAGACGCAGCGCAUGGCCCUGGCCAUCCACCGGCUGGAGGUGUUCCGCAUGGAGUUCUCCUACGGCGUCCACGGCCGCAUCUCGCAGACGCGCACCUACACGCGGAACAUGGCGGUGAACAGCUACACGAACGUGAAGAACUACACCUGGGACUGCGACGGGCAGCUGGUGGGCGUGGAGGCGCAGGAGCCGUGGGGAUUCCGGUACGACGACAAUGGCAACCUGCUGUCGCUCACGUAUCGUGGCAACACGAUACCCAUGGAGUACAAUGCCCAGGACAGGAUCGUGAAGUUCGGCGAGGGGCAGUACAAGUACGAUGCGCGGGGCCUGGUGGCGCAGAAUGCGCGCGAGGAGCGGUUCCACUACAACACCCAGGGGCUACUCGUGCGAGCCUCGAAACGGGGUCGCUUCGACGUGCGCUACUACUACGACCAUCUGAAGCGGCUGACCACGCGCAAGGACAACUUCGGCAAUGUGACGCAGUUCUUCUACACGAACCAACAGCGGCCGUACGAGGUCAGCCAGAUCUACUCGCCGCGGGAUGGCAAGCUGAUGUCGCUGACCUACGACGACGUGGGCCACCUGAUCUACGCGCAGGUGUACCGCCACAAGUACUACGUGGCCACGGACCAGAGCGGCACGCCCCUGAUGCUCUUCAACCAGUACGGCGAGGGCAUCCGCGAGAUCAUGCGGUCGCCUUUCGGCCACAUUGUCUACGACUCGAACCCCUAUCUGUAUCUGCCCAUCGACUUCUGCGGCGGCAUCCUCGACCAGGUGACCACGCUGGUGCACAUGGGCGAUGGAAGGGUGUACGACCCCCUGAUUGGCCAGUGGAUGUCGCCGGACUGGCAGCGCGUGGCCGAGCGAAUCAUCACGCCCACGCGGCUGCAUUUGUACCGCUUCAAUGGCAACGAUCCGAUCAACGUCGGCCACGAGCGACACUAUCCGGAGGACUUUGCCGCCUGGAUGCGAACGCUGGGCUACAAUGUGGGCAACCUGGUGCCCCAGCUGGCCCGCGAUCUCUGGCAGCCACCGGCGCUGUGGGGCCGACCGCCGGCCAAUCCGGUGGCCCUCAAUCUGCGGCGACCCUUCGACAACAUACCCACCAUGGCGGUGGAGAGCGGCUUCCUCGCCCACCUCAACGUGCGCCGGAUGUCCGACUUCGAGCAGCUCUCGGCCCCGCCCCGUUCCGCCUUAAAGUGCGACGUGAUGGACCCCUCGCCGAAGACCAUUGGAUCGGACACGGAGCCGCCGUUUGGCAAGGGCAUCGUCGUCUCCCGCACCGCCGACGGCCAGGCCAUUGUGUCCAGUGUGCCGGCGGCCAAUGCCAUUUACCGCGAUGUCUACACGAGCGUGUUCAAUCGCUCCAAGCUGCUGCCCUUCACCUUCGUGGUGCACAAUGCCCAGCAGGACUCGUUCUUCUUCGUGAAGGAGGACGCCUGGCGGGCCACCGAAGACCGUCAGCAGUUGAAGCGUCUGCAGGGCCAAGUGAACACCACCUUCCAUGAGAUAACGCGCGAGGCGACGGUGGGCGUGGGUGGUGGUGGUGGUGGAGCAGGAGCGUCGUCGACCGGCAGCAGUGCGGUCUCAUCCUCGUCCAGUUCCAGCUCGUCGGCGAACACGGGCAACUAUCUGGAUGUGAAGAUCCAUGGGGCGCACGCCAUCAUCAAUCUGCGCUACGGCACCACCGUGGCCAAGGAGCAGCAGCGACUGAUGCACCACGCCAAGCUGACGGCGGUGCGGAAGGCGUGGCACCGCGAAAAGGAGGCGCUGCGCAGCGGACUGACCACCGCCCUCGAGUGGAGCCAGCAGGAGACCGAGGAGAUCCUCAAGCAGAGCUAUGCCAACAACUACGAGGGUGAGUACAUCCACGACGUGAACCUCUAUCCGGAGCUGGCGGAGGAUCCCUACAACAUCAAGUUUGUGAAGAAGAAGGGCGCCACCGGCGGAGCGGCGGGGGUUCCCAAUUCGCGACGACGCCGCCGCCGAUCCACCGAUCCUGCCCAGGAGAAGGCGGAGGAGGAGGAGGUCGACUGUUAGCUCAAUGGAGGACCAGGAGCAGGAGCAGUCGGACAAGUCGGAGGAAACCCCAAAAAACCAGCCACUGAAACGCAUGGAGCGCCGUAAAACCGAAGAACAGGAGACAUAAUUAUUUAUAUUUCUACAUAUAUAUAUAUAAAUAUAUAUAUAUAGAGUACGUAAAUCUAUGUUAUCGAACCAGUUUUUUGAUGUCAAGGAACAUUAUAUAUAUACACGUAAACAUAACAUAUUUUUUUUUUAUUGUUAGCCACUAGAGAAAAGUAACAAAAACUAAAUGAAAAUUAAGAAAUUAAGAAAGCGACAUGCCAACAUAAUCCCAUGUAGCUGCAUGUACGUUUAUAUGUGUGUGUGUGUGACGUCAGCUAAGCCGCAGAUACAGAUACAGAUACAGCCACGGAUAUAGACGCAGUUAUAGAUAUACAGAUAUAUAUAUAUAUAUAUAAAGGAUAGCAUAGUGUAGUAGUCAUACGAGCAUAAAGCGUACCAUACAUACAAGACAUAUGUACAUGCAUACUCACCACAAUAAGGGGAGAAAAAGGAAAAUUAUGGGGGGCGGGAAAUUCAUUAUUGGGGGCGUAUCUUUUUGUUCGUGGUACUCGAGCUUUUUGAGACUGGCAUAGUUUUAAACAAUACAAAAUAAACGGCGACCGACCGACGGACCCUCAAGAGCUGAUCCCGCAGAUCUUCGCCUGCGACACAAUUCUGGCCAUCAAAUGUACAUACGAAAAAGGAUGGUGAUGGUAGUGGUAAAGUGGUAACGUGGGAGAAGCGGAAACGGAAGUGGACAUUUAGGGGACAGCCCAGACCAAAACAAACACACACACACACGCAAACCGACGGACUAACUACACUAGGCAACCGGUUUGGGGUUGUGGGAGAUUUUUGCUUAGCGAAAGCUUUCUCUCAUUUGCUUUGCACAGUGUCAGCUUCAAAAAAAGAAUAAAAGAUCGAACAAAAAAAUUUAGCUGCUAGGCAAGGUGUUUUUUUUAAUAACAUAUAAAUGGAUAUACAUUAAAUAUAGGAAACACACACACACAUAUUUAUAGAGAGAAACCUAUAGCUGUAAUGUCCUGAUAGAUAAGUUUAAGUUUUGUCCUACUUAAUUAAUUAAUUUAUUCAUUAUUAUUGUUCAUAUAUGGCCGAGGCAAGGGCAACACAUCCACAAUCCAAAAAGAGAAAAAAAAAGAAAAAGAAAAUCGAACUAAUUUUAAUCAUACAUAUUAAUGCUAUUAUUGUGUGGAAUGUGAAAUGUUUUGUUAUUAUUUGUAAGUCUGCUUUUUUCGAAACUCAGCUCAAUGCGGCCCAAAAUAAACUCACAACCAUAAAACGAAUCGAACUAAAUAAAGCUUAAAAACAGUAUUAAAAAAAAACAACACAAACACGAAAUAGAUAUAUGAUUUCAGCUUGGAACCUUGAUCGAGAUCGUUGAGCUUUCCGUCCAAUUUGAUUGAGAUUGAGAGGGAUCCAGAAAGAUAUUAGAUGCCAAUUAAAUUAGAAUUUGAUCGGAUGAUUUUUACCCAUUUUGCUUCGCUUGAGAAUCCCACACAUUUUGCAGCUCGCAUUUUCCUAGUUUUCCAUGAAUUGGUGCUUAUCGAAUUUAUUGCCACAACUAUAUGUGUAGCUAUAUAGUUGAAUAAUCGCGUGUGUUGAGCGUUUCCUUGCCUCCUAGAACGUAAGCGAAGAGUUGCUAAUAAAAAACCCGUAGAAAAGGAAAACAAAAGAUUGCUGAAUUAGUUGCAAACGAGCAAGAAAACGAAAUUUUAUAAAAAUUACCAACUUAACCCCGACCACAAAACGAGGCCAAAAUGAUCGAUCAGUUGGGCAAGAAGAGAGCAGGAGGAGCCAGCCAAGUAGAAUGCAGCUUAGAGCAGAAUGAGUGUCCGUACGAGUGUCCGUACAAGGGAGAAAGUGUUGCCCAUGAGGGGUCAAUGUCCGUAUAAGUGUACGGACUAAUGUCCACUUACGGGAUCGAGUGUCCGGAUGGAUGUCCGUAUAACAAAGAGACGGUAUCCGGACAACUGUCCGCUUAAGAGAGAGACGGUGUCCGUUCAAGAGAGAUGGAGAGUCCGCGUGCGUGCGAUAGCGUUAUAUCAAAAUAUAAGAAAGAAAAGGAAGUCGGAGUCUCGUCUCCCGAUAUUUGCCGGAGUAUCUGUGUAUAUAUAUUAAGGCUAAUCAAGGUAAACUAGUGUUAUAUCGUAUAUGGCACCGUGCAUCGUAAUCUGUAGUUAUAAAAUAUAAAAAUAUAGAGGCCCACACAUAAGAGUGUGCGCAAAUUUUUUUGCUUUUUUUUUCUCCAUCGUUGUCGCGCCUAACUAGAUGUAAAAUAAACAAGACAAACUAUCGGAUAAAUGGCAUAUAUGUAAUAUGUAUAGGAGUUUAUGUGUUAGAUGUACGUGUGCGCGGGGUACCACUGUACUUUCCGCUCGAAUAUUUCCCAUCUGGUUUUUGAUUCGUUUCCAUUUCCGUUUCGUUGAUUGGCAAACCAAAACAAUUCGAAAAAGAGCAGGAGUCAGUUACCUAUUAGAAUUUGGCAAGCAUAAAAAGCAAAACAAGAAACAAAAUGAAAAAAAAACAAAAGGAAAUUGCUUCAAAAGCAAACAAAAAAAAUGAUAAACAAAUGGCACACUAAAAUUAAUAUUAUGAAUUAGAGCGAACUAUGAAAUGGCUUGAGAACGGAGAAACCGAAAUAAAAUAAAGUAAAAGUAAAAAACAAAAACAAAAACAAGGAUAAAACAAGAACAGCAGACGCAGCAACAAAUAUUUAUGUGUACAUAACUGAAAAACCAAGUAUUUUAGGAUAUUUAUGUUAGAGCUACACGAACUUCAACUUAAACCGAAGGAGUAACUUACAGCUAAACCUAAACUUAAACCUAAACUAACGCUAAUGUCGAAGGGCGAAAAAAGAGGAGAGCGCAGGAGAUGAAAUACUUAGCAAAUAAAGAAACAGGGAAACAAUUGAGAUAAAUUAACAUUUAAACGUUUUGCACACCACAAACAAAAUAAACAAGCUAAACAACAACUAGAACAGAUACAGAUACAGAUACACGCACACAUACACACUCACACACCCAUACACAGACAGAAAUUCAGAUACAUAUAUACAGAUGCACUCGACAACAGCAAAGCAAACAACAAAAUUUAGCAACAACAAGAAUUUAUGAGAUAUAAUAAACAAAUAAACAAAAUAAUAUAAACAAACCAACCAAAAGGCAGCGACGCAACAAGAAAAGUUGAAAUACUUAUUAUAAACAAAUAAAACGCAAUGGAGAACAAAUUAUAUUUAUUAGACAAAAUAGCAGAGAAGAGGAAUCUGUAGUAUAUCGAACUAUGUAAUUCACAAAUAGUAAAUAAACCGAGGCAAACCAAGCAAACCUAAGGAAUAUUGUAGGGCAAAUUCAACUAAACUAAACGAAAAUCGAAUUAAAAACACCCCAACUUUUUUUUGUCUGUGUAAGCUUAGUGGAGAAUUCAAGGGCCGGCGGGGGGCGAAAAACCCCCUUUACAACCCCCCGCUAUUGGCAAUGCAAACGAUAAACGAUAACCCCCCAUUCAUCACCUAGAUCCCCCUAGGCAUAUGCAUAUAUCUAUCGGUAAAUGAACAAUUAUAUAUGGCAUUAUAUUACCACAGCAGAACAGUAAAAUAAAAUGACAUAAAAUAAAAAUAAUUACGAUAAUUAUUGCAAUAAUGAUAAUGAUAUACCAUAUAUGUAAUGAUUUCAACGCGAAACGAGAAUAUUUUAAGCGUAUUAAGUUGAACUAUAUUAUAUAUGAAAAUAUAUAUAUAUAAAUGGAAAAAAACAAAAAACAAAAAAAUGCGACAAGCGAUAAAAAUAAACCAAAACAAAAAAGAAAACCACACACAACACAACUUCUGAGGAUAUCAAGGGUCUAAGAAUAAAUAAAAACUAAUGAAUUAAUUAAAAAUAAAUAAAUGAAUAUGAAAACUAAAUGUGAAGCAA